AUGAGCUUUCCAACCCAAGAAUCAACUGAAGAAAACAUUAACAAUAAUUCAGAUCAUAAAAAGAAAGUUUCAAGUGUUCAAGAUGUUCGUGAAGGAGCAGACAUAAACCCCUUGUCUUCUUCGUCUACAGUUUUUGGUACACGAUUACUGAGAAAUAGCGAAGACGUAUUUAACCAUAAUGCCUGGGAUAAUGUUGUAUGGGGUGAAGACCAAGAGCAAUACGCGCAAGAGCAAAUACUGAAGCAGUCUAAUAAGUUAGUUGCGUCUGAAGACCAAGAGCGAUAUCAUGCGGAAGCUGCCGAAUACUGGAACGCUUUUUAUCAAAAGAACGAAAAUAGAUUCUUCAAGGAUCGAAAUUGGCUCAAAAUUGAAUUUCCGGAAUUACACUCGACUACAAUCGCUAACUCUGGUCCAAAAAGAUUAUUUGAGAUUGGAUGUGGUGCAGGAAACACAUUGUUUCCAUUAUUGACCAUAAACGAGAACAUCGACCUUUUUAUUUACGCAUGCGAUUUUUCGUCGACCGCCGUUGAAGUUGUCAAAAACAAUCCUGAAUUCAAUCCAACGAAUAGCACAGCAUUCGUAUGGGAUCUGACAAGCACCGAUAUUCCUUCAUGUAUACAACCCGAAUCUCUUGACAUUAUCGUAUUGAUAUUUGUUUUAUCGGCGUUACGUCCCGAAGAGUGGACGCAGGCGGUAGAGAAUAUGUACAAGUUAUUUUUUAUUAUGACUAUGACUAUUGCUAUUGCUAUUUCUAUUUCAAAGAUGCUUAAACCUGGUGGUUUGAUUCUUUUUAGAGAUUAUGGUCGAUAUGAUAUGGUUCAAUUGAGAUUUAAAGAGGGUCGAAUGCUCUCCGAGAAUUUUUACGUGCGUGGUGAUGGAACUCGAGUAUAUUUUUUCACUACAGACGAAAUCGAAUCAUUGUGGAAUUCACGAUUUAAAAUAGAACAGAAUGCAGUAGAUAGGCGGUUGAUUGUCAACCGGCACAAAAAACUAAAAAUGUAUCGCGUUUGGCUACAAGUGUGA